AUGGCAAACUUCGAAUUCACCUUCAGAGAGGUGAUCUACCUCAUAGGAGUCCAAGCUAUUUGGCACAAUGUGGACAGCUUUCCCUCUGACAGCUUAGAAAAGACCCUGAGAACAAGACAAUACGAUGUAUCAUCGGGACAAACGACGAAUUUAAGGAUGGUUGGCCUUGCAGACGCCGCUAUCACACGCUCCAUGAUCGUUUCCCGGUACGCUCUUCGAGUAAUCUUCGAGUAA